AUGCACCAGCAACCACGUCGCUGCAGCGGCCGCGGCUCUGUGCCUCCCUCUUGUGAGGGGCACGGCUACGUAAAGGCAAUCAUCGUGGAGGAGGAGGAGGAGGAGGAUGGGGUGGCCAUGGGCGAGGACAGAGGUCCAAGUGUCGGCGGCGGUGACGGUGGCACCAGCUGCGUCAGCAACUCGCCCCUCACUUCCAGUUCAGGUGUCAGCGUUCACGAACCCCAGCCACCGCGGGCGGCAGCCACAGUGGCAACGACGUCACUGGGGCUAAUCGCGUCGGGCUUACACGAGCCUCUGUUCCAUGAGCAGCCGCACCCCCUCCACACCAGGAACAGGGCGACUGAUUCACCGCAAACCCCACCACCACUACUACAUCCAUCUGUCGGUGGCGCCACGAGGGCUGUGGACGCUGGUGAUGGGACAAGCACGGCACGAAUCAUGCGACUAGACCCCGUCGCGCCUUCCUUACCCUCUUCUUCGACCCCCCAUGCGGUGGCCCAUCACACGCUGCGCCUCCGACCCUCUGCCGCCUUGCCUCAGCCCCCGCCAAACGCGCCAUGGCUGCAAGAGCAGGUGGACGACGAGGAGUGGGCGCCCCCUUCGAAGCGUUUCCGUCCAUAUCCGAGCACCACCAUGGCCCAUUCAGCGACGCCUUUUUCGGCAAUGGCACCUGGGGGGCUCAGCACCACAGGUGUCGGUGGCAGCGGCAGCCGCGUCUUGCGGCUCGCGCUGUCGAGCAGCAAUACGGCUCCGGCCGACACCGCAACGACGCCAGCCCAUAAGCCAGCGUCCGUUGCCGUUGCAGGCGGUGGCAGUGGUGAUGGUGCGGCCACCGCAUGCGCCAACGUCUCCGCGCCUGGUGAGGCGCUUAAGGCGGGCAGUAGAGCAGCAGUGGAAGAGCCAGAGAGCACAAGAAAGAUCAACGAGGAGGCGCAACGUGCGUCAGACACGCCUGCCGACGGCCCCUUGCGUGUCUCACCAGCUUCGCCAGCCAGCGCCACCAUCUCCAACCCUGAGGCGACUGGCAUCGGUGCCGCGCCUGUGCCAGCGAGAGCGGCGUCGCGCCCAACGCCGAUCCUCAUAAGCGCCCCCUCGCGCGCUGUGUCUGUCAACGCACCAAACGUGGGGUCGCCCCUGACCGCCACCGUGGGGUCGGCCGUUUCACAGCAACAGCAGCAGCAGCAGACCCGGUCUGCCGCAGCCAUCGUGAUGGGGACAAGCGGCUUCUCGCGCCUACGCUCGCUUACACCCACGCCGUACCCCGGCGCGCAAGGGUCUCCAUGCCGGCGUCACCGCUUUGUGGGGGUGAACCUCCCCGGUGCUCCGCCACCGUCCAUGGACUUCAGCCCCAUUCAGCGCACCGUGAAGGAGGUCUACGAAGUGCACGAGAAGCUCAGCGAGGGCACGUACGGCGAGGUGUUCAAGGGCGUCGACAAGCGAACCGGCGCUGUGGUGGCGCUGAAGCGCAUCAAGAUGCUGAGCACCCAUCAGGGCUUUCCACAGACCUCGCUGCGGGAGGUGAUUGCCCUUCGGCACAUCCAGAACCAGCGCGAACGACUCGAGGAACGACUGCGCAACGACGCGCAUCACCGUGGCGCGGUGGCCAUCACUGAUCCUCUCGCCGAGGUCUCGCAGCUCUGUGAUGUUCUCAUCUACGAUCGGCAGCAGCGCGACAUUGUGCUGGUGUUCGCUUACGCCACAGCGAGUCUGGCUGGCCUGUGUCGCCGCCAGUUCGCCUUCACGCCAUCGGAGAUGGCCCUCCUCAUGAAGAAACUUCUCAUCGCGGUGCGCAAGCUGCACGAGAUGCGCAUCAUUCACCGCGACAUCAAGUCCGACAACGUACUCGUAACGAGUGAUGGCGAGGUGCAGCUGACCGACUUUGGGCUGUGCUCCAUCGCCGCGGCCGGGUCGUCGCGAUCUGGCACGCAUGUGUGGCGGACGCCGAGCGUGAUUACUCUGGCCUACCGUCCGCCAGAGAUGCUGCUGGGCAGUACCGCGUAUGAUGAGAAGGUCGAUGUGUGGUCGCUUGGGUGCCUGCUCGCUCAGCUGUACCUCCUCGAGCCCCCCUUCUACAGGCAUCGCGCGCAGGCACAGCAGCAGCAGCAGCAACGUGCGCCAGAGCGAUCGGCGGCCACGGAACUCGAGCAGCUCUCCCGUAUUACAGAGAUUCUGGGGCCGCUGCCGCCGGUGAGCGUCUAUCACCCCGACUCGUGUCAACACAUGCGUGUUCUGGAGCAGCUGGAGGUGCAGGGGCGCCUGGCGGAGGCUGGGCGAGCAGUGCAACCGGCAAACUGGGGCAGGCUGCAGACCAUCUUCGAGCCCAGCUUUCUGUAUCAGCAGUUCCACGGCUUUCGGGGCUGGUUCGAGGCGGAGUUGGGGCGCUCGCGGCACCAGCCACAUCGCCGACCUACACAGGCCUGCAUGGACGUGCUCUGCGCCGCCCUACAACUCGACCCGCAGCAGCGACCCACCGCGGCAGAGCUGCUGCGCAUGCCGUACUUCACCACCUUGGACGACGCCCCGUUGCUGGGCAGCUAUCAGCGGGUCCUCCCCGUCACCCCGGAGCGGGAAGCUGAGGUGCGCCGCGGCUUCAUGAUAAAGGUGCAACGAUGCGGGGACAGUCACACGCAGCGCCGCCCGCAUCAGUGA